CCUCUCCGUACCAACCGUCUCAUCAUGUGUCCCACGGUCCUCUUCGUCGCCAUCCUCGCUCUCAUCAUCGCACCCCAGCCCACUGCGAGCUCCUCAGGCUACCGACAUGUACCCCACCUUAACGGAAACAACAUAACGCCCCGCUUUGCCGAAUACCAGGCGCCAGGCUGUGUCGACCUUUUUGGAAACCCUAAGGAGGACUACAAAGACUACUCCCCGAUGGUUCGGAAAUGCUACAACAUCGACAUUCGCACGGUAUCGAUUUAUCACGAGAGAGGGUAUAUGAGUGACAUGUGGUUGUACCCGGAAUAUGGUUGCAAAGGACCAAGCCAUCGCGAGACCGAUUGGAGCUGUUGCCAGCCGGUUGAGAGGGGGUGGAAGCCGUAUCAUGUGCGGAGUUUCAGAAUGGGUUGAGCUCCAACAUAUCCUCUGGUUGGGAGUUUGGCGUGGCAGGAAUUGAAGGAUUAAUAACACUGAAGCAGAAAGGAGGAGUUUGUAUCAGCGUGGCUUGCGGGGUCUUUAUUUUGGAAAGGAAAACUCGUCAGGCUGAGUUUUCAAUUCUUCACCCUGUGUUCCCCUUUUGCGUUAAUGCGGAGGAUAACGUUCGCCUGUUGUAUAGUAUAUUAGUCGUUUAAUAAAGCUGUUUCUUUU